UGAGUGAGAUCUUUGCACUACAAUGUUGUCAUUGUUUCGGUUAAGGUUGUCAUUCUCUCACAAGGCUGACAACACCGUUUCCUCUUUCCUUCACAUGCUCCAUAUGAACCCUCCCCCUCCCAUCACUUUAUUCGGCGAGAUUCUAGGCUCUCUUGCGAAGAAGAACCAUUGCUUCACUGUGAUUUCCCUUUCUCGACAAAUGGAAUUCAAAGGAAUCACACCAAACAUGGUUACUUCCACCAUCUUGAUCAACUGUUUUUGCCAUUUGGGUCGAAUCAACUUUGCUUUCUCUGUAUUAGGCAACAUUCUCAAAAGGGGUUAUCACCCAAACACCAUAACCUUCACUACACUCAUCAAGGGCAUGUGUCAUAACGGCGAGAUUAGUAAAGCAAUGCACUUUCAUGAUGAUAUGAUAGCUAAGGGGUUUCAGUUCAACCAAGUUACCUAUGGGGUUUUGAUCAAUGGGUUAUGUAAAGCCGGAGAAACAAAGGCUGCCCUACAAUUGUUGAGACGAAUUGAGGAGCUUGCGGUGCAACCUAAUGCGGUCAUGUAUAAUACUAUAAUUUAUAGCCUCUGCAGAGAUAAACUUAUAACUGAUGCAUUUGAUUUAUAUUCUGAAAUGGGUGUCAAGAGAAUUUCUCCUAGUGUUGUCACUUACAAUGCUCUAAUCCACGGCUUCUGUGUUGCGGGUCAAUUGAAAAAUGCUGUUGGUUUGUUUAAUGAAAUGGAAUUGAAAAACAACAUCAAACCAGAUGUUCAUAGCUACAGUAUCAUGAUUAAUGGAUUCUGUAAGGCUAAACGGGUGGAUGAAGCCCUGGCCCUCUUCGAUGAAAUGCAUCACAAAAAGCUUAUUCCUAAUACGGUAACAUACAAUUCUCUUCUUGAUGGUUUGUUCAAAGCAGGGAGAAUCUCUUAUGUUUGGGGGCUAGUUCAUGAGAUGCAUGAUAGAGGUCACUCAGCUAAUAUAAUCACCUACACUUCCUUAUUAGAUGGUUUAUGCAAAAACCAUCAUCUUGAUAAGGCAAUGGUAUUAUUCAUGAAAAUUAAAGAUCGCGGAAUUCAGCCUGAUAUACACACCUACACAGUGAUAAUUGAUGGACUAUGCAAAGAUGGAAGGCUUAAGAAUGCACAAGAGAUUUUUCAGGUUCUUAUGAGUGAAGGAUACAACUUAGAUGUCAGGACGUACACUGUUAUGAUCAAUGGGUAUUGUAAAGAAGGUUUACUUGAUGAGGCUCAGGCCUUGUUGUCAAAAAUGGAAGAUAAUAGUUGCACUCCUAAUGCUGUGACUUUUGAAACAAUAAUACAUGCUCUCUUUGAAAAAAAUGAGAAUGAUAAGGCAGAAAGACUUCUUCGCGAAAUGAUUGCUAGAGGUCUAUUGUAAGAA